GGGUCACGUGAUGACAACAAAGCUGGAGUGUCAGCUGUUCUGCUCUCACACUGAUGUAGGCCUGUGUAGGCCUAGUGUUUCCACCCUUGACUGUAAGAGGACUAGUUUGUCAUUAAAGGAAGCCAGGGAGAGGUUAUACUGGUGGAACUGAAGCACGUUUGAAAUGUCGUGCCUCUUGGAACAAAUAGCAGCUGUUGGUAACACCCCAGAGCUUGUUCAGUUCCUGUGUCCUCACCUGAUCAGUGGAAGUAGAGCCUCUCUCCAGGGAAGUCUAAACUUGACACAGAAUCCAGAUAGUGAAUGGAAUGAUGAAUGGGGUGAAUGGGAUGACUUUGAGAGAAGUGGAGGACUCUCUGGUACUGGAAGCAGCAGCGAUGUACGGCCAAAAUCUUCCUCUUCCCCACAACCAGAAACUUCUUGGCUGUCAGAGUGUAUUAUUGCAGCUUCUCCCACAUUAGAUUUUAUGGCUGUUUCUUACAAAAGCCGCAUGGUAAUAUUGUCUUGUCGCUGGGAAAGUUCAGCUGAAGAAGAAGAAGAAAGAAUGAAGUUAGUAAUUACUUGGCGUGGUACACUUGGAUUUGGUGCAAGUGAUGAAAUAAGUGCAUUGCUUUGUUUGCCACUGAUCUCCCAGAAGCAGAGCAGCACUGGAGGCCCAGACUGGACUUGCAUUAUUGUUGGCUUCACUUCAGGAAAUGUUGCUAUGUAUACCGAGAAUGGUUUGGUAUUGUUGUCUCAACUUUUUGAGGAAGAAGCAGUUCUGAGCCUCACAUGCCGCACACUGUAUAGCGGGUGCAACGGUUUAUUAGCGCCCGACCUGACUGAGGAGCUGGUCAUUCUUUAUCCACGUUCAGUCACCACCAUUGAUGGGUUCUCUCUCUUUCAAACCCUGCGGGGUUGUAGAAACCAAGUUGCUAAAGCAGCAGCCAGUGGUGGGGAAAACGUGAGUGUUCCACCACUAGGGUAUAAGAAGUGGGGUCUUGUGGAUCAGAGUAUGGUCAAGGACUGUGCUGCUCCUGGUAUGUCUCCGCCCUUUCUCUAUGACCAUUUGGUCCAGACUUCUCUUGCGAAAGGAUUCAACCAUGCUUGUGCAUCAGGUGUGCCGGCCACGUCACUCCUCCUCACAGUUGGUCGUGUACCUUUUGUUGGCUUUCUGACUGCUCAGGAGGGGUCGGCACCACCCUUUGUAGCAGAUGUAGCACGCCUGUAUGCCAGUAAACUUAAGGACGCACUGGUCUCUGCUGCCAGUGGAUGGCUGUUUGGAAGAAGUAGAAGUAAAGAGGUUGAUCCAUCUAAAGUGAAGCCUAAGAUUGAACCUGCCACUCCUCUACCCUACAGGUGGUCUAUACCAGAUACAACACGAGUGGGUGUGUCGGUGAUCCUGUCUCCUGGAAGAAGAUUAGCUGCUGUAACCGAUGAUUUUGGACGUGUGACUUUAAUAGAUAUACACAGAGGAGUUGCUGUGCGCAUGUGGAAAGGUUAUCGGGAUGCUAACUGUGGAUGGCUUGAGGUGGAGGGAGAAUGGGGUGGAACCAAAAGACGCGUAGCCUUCUUGCUGAUCUAUGCCCCUCGACGGGGUCUAUUGGAGGUUUGGACACCUCAGCAGGGACCAAGAGUAGCAGCAUUUAAUGUUCCUAAACAAUCGAGACUUUUGUACACUCCCCAUACCCUAUUAGGGGUGAACACUGUUCGAAGAGUGUGCUGUAAAGUGUUUCCGGUGGUUUUCAUCAAUCCAGAUGGGUUGAUAAGCGAGGUUACUAUUCCAUUCCACUUGGCAUUAGGUGGGAAAACUAGUAAACGUGCUCGAGAUCUUCACCUUGUAAAGACUCUCAAGUCCCACCUAAGGAGUGGAAAUGAAGAAGAAGUCUUGACCACCAUGACGGAGAUCAAGACCGCAGGAGUGCGUAAACUGGCUGUGACAACGCUCAUCAUGUCUCAGCAUCUCACUGUACUGUUGUUACAAGGACUGCUUCAUCAUUUUCUCCCUCUCUAUGGUGUAAUGGAGACAGAAAAUGGGGAGGGGACUCAAAAUUUGGAUCAUGAGAGUUUGUUGCUUGGCCAGCAGUUGCUUCGCCUCAAGCAGUUGCUGAACUUGUACACCGUGCUAGUGCAGUUGCACACUGUCCGGGAAGCUUCACCAGAUCCUGAUGACCAAGCUUUAGUCACGGAAUUAGCCAAGCUCCUAUUGUUGACUCCACAUGAAACUGAAGAGGUAGUAGCAGGGUGUGAACGUAAUGGCUACUCAAAGCGUCUUAGUACUAGAAAGGUGAAAUUCUCGGAGUGUGCGCAAAAUCUAACCAUCGGUUCAUUUAUACGCUGUUGGGACGUGUCUGUGGGUACGCUGGUGAAGAAUGGCAGUUCCUCGGUGCUUCCAGUUGAAUUAAAAGAAGACUUGCCCUCGGAGAAGAAGCUAAGGCUUGGUGAAUUCCUGUAUAGAUGGUCAUGGCAUGGCGAGAGUGUGAAAUUGUUCAGCAAGACUGUGGAGGCCAGUGGUGCAAACUUGGAGUCAUUGCUUCACUUGGCUCUCAUACAUUGGUCCCUCAGUCCUCAACCAGAUACAGUGGCUGUACUCCAUUUUGGAACCAUUAUACAUGUACUCUCUGCAUUAGCAGGUGAUAAAGUUCUCUGUGAUAUUGCUGAACAGAGUAAGUGGUGGAAUGCAGUGAGGGACAAGUUGGUAGCAUCCACACAACCCUACCACGCAUUCAUGGCUGCACUUCUUUGUAGAGGCACCCAUGCCAACCUUGAAACACACUCGCAUCAGCCUGAAAAGAACGAAGGAACUGAGCCAAGCAAGAUGGAUGUUGACCAAGCUGCCGAAGUCUCAUAUCCUUCAUUGAAUGACUGGGAAAGUUUGUCUAUGGAGAUGGCAGAGUGGAAUUUAGUGCUGUGGCAGCUGGAAUGUCUAAUGCCACUGAGUCAACUCCUGUCACUCUUGCCACCAAAUGGCUCAGAAAGAAGACUAAAACUUGAAGUCUCUGUCAAAGCUUUGCUUGAUAAGGGUAAAGGUUAUGUUGCAGAGCUGGUUGCAAACUGGUUUAUAGGUUCUGGUUUGCCUUUAACUACCAUUGAGAAGCUUCUCGUGCAACAAGAUGUGUUCAGAAAAUCCAAGGAAAGGGAGGAUAUGGAAGUUGAGAGUGUUGUUGACAAAGUGGCUGAUGAUAAUCUGAAGUAUUCCCCAGAUUCUGCAGAAGUUACAGAGGAACUCAGGGCAGAUGUUGAGACCUGUGAAGAAAUUGAUGAACUGCUGAAAAGAGUUGGUGAAAAAUUUCCACACUCAGUAGCAGGUGAUUCUAUAUUUACAAACAUGGCUUGGGAACUAGCAGCAGCCUGGCACAAGACUCCUGAUGACACCAGUAUGCUCUCCAAGGCUUUGACUCACAUUACGAGAAUAAAGAAUUCUCACAUCAGACAUGGAGUGUCUUUAAUGAUAUGGGAGACAUGGGUGAGCCAGUGCGUGCAAGCUGCAUCGAGUCUUAUGGAAAAGGUGGGUCGGUUACCAAAAGACAGACUGUGCCGACGCGACUUGGGCCUUGGAGAACACAGCUUAGCACCCAUGUUUCAUAUUGCCUUAGGAAUACUAGAGCAAAUAAUGAAUGCAAAUGUAGUGUGCGAGGUUGAGAAGCCACUGGUACUAUCAGCUGACAGAUUUUGGAUGGGUCAAGUGGGUUCCCCAGCAUUAGUGGAGGUGACUAUCAUGCAGAAGAUGACUUGUUACGACCUGGUUUACCUGCAUUACCAGUUGUUGUCUGUUCUCUACCUCAUAUCCCAGCACAACCUGAAAGGUUUCAGACCUCUGACAUGUUUUGAUGGCAAGGGCCGUAGUGUUUUGUUCAAUUCUUUGACAACGAGCUGGACCAUAGGAGGUUACACUGAUGCCACCAUAGCCAAAGCACGUUUGGCUCUCCUGUGUCGAGUGAUUACUGCCACAGUUACUUCUCUCCCAGACACUGCAGGUUCUGGCCAGGGUACUUCACCAAGCAUCAGACAAGCAAUAGAUCUGGGUAGGGCAUGGGGAAUAUCUCUUGAUGUCUUACAUCGUCACCACAUCUGCGAGCUCUAUACAUCGGGCUUUGAUAGCAUGGCCGAGGAAGUGGUGCCAGUGGUCAAUGAUGGACCAUUGUUGGGGUCACAGUUAGUGUUGAUUGCAGGACAAAGGCUCCACUAUUUCCUUGUGAACUCCUCGUAUACUGCGCAUCAUUUAGCAUUGAUGUCACCUACUAUUACUGAAUGGGUCAAAUCCUGUGAUUCCGGGAGUCUACGUUGUCCGGCUGUGCCACUAGAGAAAACAUUGAACCUACUGACACGUGCUCUCAACCUUCUCCCAGACACCACUCAAGAGUUUAAACUGGCUACUGCACUCUAUGAUACUUUAGCAGCAUUUAUAGAAGAUCAGAAUUCUUCCACGUAGUCUUUGGAUUUUUGCGUAUCUUUAAAUGGAACUCUGUGAUAAAAAUAUGGAGGUCACGAAGUUAACGAGGCAGGAGUGUUGUGUGAAAUACUACUUGCGAGGUGGUACUUCUUGUGACACACGAGAUCUCCAGUAGCAUAGGAUAGUUUUGCAGAUGUGUUGCCUAUUUUACAAGGUUAAUUUUUUUAUUGCAUUCACUGAGGACUUGAAACCAUGGAAGACAGUGUAGCUGUUCAGCUUCUAUAAUUUUUGCUGCCUAUGGGUUACAAGAAUUUUUUUUAAAUGUUAUAUGUUAUUUCCUUUUAUACUGGUUCUUAAGGGCUUUCAUGGAGAUUACAAAUCAAAACAUUAUAAACUUUUAACAUAAAAAGGGUAAACAAAAGUAUGAAAAAAAUCAAAUGUCAGAAUUCUAAAGAAAAAAAUUCCCUUCAAAGGGCAUAGAUAAAUCUGCUGUAUAGUGCUGUAUAGCCCUUGUGGCUUAGCGCUUCUUUUUGAUUAUAAUAAUAAUAAUGAUGUAUGUAGUUUCUGGAUUCAUUGCCAGAGAUCUAAUUUAUGAUAAUGCCUAUAUCACUUAUUAAGAAAUCUUUGUCGAAAAGCAUUUAUUGGUCCAUUUUGAAGGGUUAACACCCAGUUCUUGUUGGUUUCCACAUCAUGCAUUUCCAUUAAAAACCACUUGUCUCUACUCAUUCCUGUCUUAAAACAUACACAAGCCUGCUGGAUGCUCAAGCCCCUGACACUGAAAAAACUGUACCCUUCUUCCACCCAUUCUUGGGGUGACAUACCUUAACCCCUAGAUUUAUUCAUGCUCUGUCAUUUUUAUCUCCUUAUCCACUAGAUUCCCAAACCACCUCAAUAAUCCCUCCUUGCAUCUCACCUUUAUUCCAGUCUACAUAAUUCUUUAAUUUAUACUCCAAUAAUCCCACUUUCCAUAGUUGAUCAUUUAAUAGUACUGCUAUGCCCUUAUCUCUGAUUCUUUUGGAUACACCCCAUGUAAUUUGGGUACACCCCAUGUAAUUCCAUUAAUUUCUCUCCACUGAAAUUCUCCUGCCUCUUUCAGCUUUGUUUCAGCUUCUAUUUUCAUAGCAUUUAUAAUAAAUUCUUAUCUCUAUGACUACACCCACUCUGUCAAGCAGCCUAAUUUAAAAAAAAACUUUUUAUAAUAUAUUUAACACACACACACACAUUUUUUUCAUUGUGGAUUUUUAGCAUAUAUUAAUACAUACAUAUAGUAAAUAUUCACCAUAUGUUGUGAAAAUUAAUAAAAAAAAAAUUAUGGGUUACAUCGUUAAUACAUCGUCCAUUUCCCACUAAGGCAGGGUUACCCAAAAAAGAAAACUCUCAUCAUUCACUCCAUUACUGUCUUGCUAGAGGCAUGCCUACACUAUAGUUAAAAAACUGCAACAUAUUAACACCCCACUCCUUCAGAGCACAGGCACUGUACUUCCCACCUCCAGGAUUCAUAUCUGGCUAACCAUUUUCUUGAAUACCUUCAUAAAUGUUGCUUUGCUAACACUCCAACAGCACAUCAAGUCAUAAAAACCAUUUGUCUCCACUCACUCCUAUCUAACACACUCAUGCACACUUGCUGGAAAUCCAAGCCCCUCACACAUAGAAACACCUUUACCCCUCCCUCCAACCUUUCCUAGGAUGACCUGUACCCUACCUUCUUUCCACUACAGAUUUAUGUGCCAUCUAAGUCAUUCUAUUUUGUUCCAGCCUCUCUAAAUGUCUAAACCACCUCAACAAUGCCUCCUUUGCCCUCUGGAUAAUAUUUUUAGAAUCCCCGCACCUCCUCCUAAUCUUCAAGCUAGAGAUUCUCUGCAUUAUGUUCACACUGCUUAGACGCUACAUCUCCUCUUCCUCCAGCUUUCUUGUUGCAACAUUUGCCACCCAUGCUGCACACUCUUCUUCUUUCAACAAACCAGCCGUAUCCCACCGAGGCAGGGUGGCCCAAAAAGAAAAACAGAAGUAUGCUGCACACUCUUAUAACAAUAUUAAUAUAGAUUAUGUUUACAUUACUGAUAACACUAUUGUGCUCAGCUCUCAGACCAGGUAGCUAGCCAGUCUUAACACUAGGAGGCCACUGCACUAUCCACUACUAUGCUGGUCUAACAAGAUUCAUCCAACUAGGUAUAUUUUUAUACCUUAGGAAGGUUAGCUGGGGGCUCCCUGUGAUCACAAUGUCAGAAUCUUUGCAGACUAAUCUCCUGCACUAAUUUGUCUACGAAAACCUUGCACUAGGAGGCCACACUUUCUCACCUAGUGCAUAGAAAUAUACUAGUUGGAUGACUUGCUAGAUUUGUAUGGUACAGUGGUUAGUGCAGUUUUAGAACUGCCUUGCCAUGGGUUUGAAUUCCAGCUGUUCUGAUACAUCAUGUCAUGUUGCAGUCCUGUAUUUAGUGCCAGUUAUAAAGAAUAAUAGUAAAUAUCAUGUGUAAGCAAAAGACUUCCUUGUGCAUGUUUAAAUGAUUAAAACCUGUAAACUGUUGCUUCAGUGUAAGGUUUUUUAUGGUUUUAUAAAUGGUUGUGGAAACAGCUUGCAUUGCUCUCAAACCAUUUGCAGUCUUGAGAAUUUAGCAGAUACUUGAAGGACAAAUGACUGCCCUCUUCAUUUUUACAUUUAAUGUGAGUAGCAUAGAACAUAUUUACAGUAAUUUAUGUAGAUGAGUAAUGAGAGCCUAUUUAUUUUGGGGAGCUAGACUAAUAGACAGUUCAGGUAUAUAUAUUUUGCUGUUUCUGGUCACUUUAAACUUCACUCUGUCUUUAAUAUUAGUGAAUUAUGUUACAUAAAUAACAAAAUGUCCCAUGCAUGUGUACUGGCUACUAGUUGGUGCAUCACAAAACAGACAAUAUCUGUCAAGACAAAGUUCAUAACUCUGAUUUAAAAUCUCCCAUAAUAUUACGAAUAGGAGAUCUUUUUUAAAAAGGUUUAGGAUUACCCCGGGUUACGUUUUCUUCUCAAGGAGAAAAAGGAGGGGGGUCUCCUUUUAUCAUAAUACAGUUAUUGAAACAAAUUCCUUGAUGUUUCGUUUAUAUCAAUCUUAAUCAAAAGGGGUAAAUCAAGACAAAGCUGUCUAUACUAUGUUAACUUCAAUGAACAUAUUUAUCUUCAUUCAGAAUAUACAAUAAAAGGUAUAUUCAAAUUCUUAUGAUUUGGGCCCAUUAAAUACUAAGCAAUUUCAAUGCUUAAAUAUACCAAGUUGAUAAUCUUUGUACAUACUAUUUAAAUUACUAUAUAUAUACUUCCUUACAGCUCAGAUAGAGGUGCCACUUUUCCAAUAACCAAGAAAGCACCAAUUUCCCAAGCUCGUCCUUGCAAACACUGUAAAAUAAUCCUCGAAUAGAUGAGUUGGUCUGUUUCCCCAUUCACAGGGUAGACGAGGAAGAGCCAAAGCUAAGUAGGACUGUUCUCAGAGCUUGCCCGAGAGAGACUGCCGGGAACAAGCCUCGUGAAUGACAGGUAAACAGAAGGCGCCAAAUCAUGACGUCAUAAACAACCCAACUCUUGGACAAAGUCGAGCUUGUU